GGGGAGGGCAUGGAGGCUCUGAUCCAUGAGGGGCUGCGGGGAAUCCCUCUUGACCUGUAGGGUGGGGAGGAUGUGUCCGCGCUCUCUACUGUGAUAACUUACAAGCAGCAGCUAGAGGAGAUGCACGCGGCGUUAUGCCAAGCGGAUGGAGAGUUGCCAUAUGAUGUACUGCUGGAGGGAGAGCAGACCUACGACGGGUGGGAUGACGAACUCUACGAUCUGAUCUCGCUUCGACAGCAGAAUGCGACUGACAGAACACGGGCGAUGGCUCUUUUCUAUGAUUGCAUCGAGAUGCUGCAGCUAGUUAAGGACACGUUUGCUGAUCUUUUGGUGCGGAGAUGCGUGGGUAGUCUGGCAGAUAUAGAGAUGUGGACAGAGUUGAUAACACCAGCAUCGGUGACAACCACAUCAACAACACCAAUUUCACCGGCAUCAGCGGCGCUGGUAUUGACCACAAGCACGUCAUCUGUGGUUAACAAGGAUAAAGUGUCAAUACCAACUUCAGCAGUGACCGCUCCAGUGACAGCAUCAAUACCGAUAUCAUCAUUUAGUGCACCAAUGACAAUACAUACUUCAACAUUAUUGCUAUCCAAGGGGGAGACGCCAUCAGUUAACUCAGGUUGGGCUUGGCAACGGGAGUUGUUCGCACAGGGUCGUGCGGUGCGGAGGUGGGAAGAGGGGCUGCCCCUGCACGUGGAGAUCAUGGAUCGGCUACGAUUGAGUGUGUCGAAGUUGGGCGGUUGUCAGACCCUAGAGGAGGGGCAAGGGUUCGACGGCGGGUUUGAGGUGCGUCUCCAAGAAAACGAUGAAGAUUACUUCGCGAAUGAUUUCUGCGCCAGCAGUACCGCCAUUGCACACGCGGUCAGGAGUGAUGACGCUUUCCAAGACAAAAAUAUCAACAAGUGUGAUGAUCAAAUUAGCAAUCAUAACAAAAUUGCGGACGGUUUUCGUGUCCAUGGGAGUGUGUUUGGCUUGGUUCUCAUCUCGCCCCCCUUCAGGUUUUUUGUGGGGAAUGCUCAGGGGCGAGAGGGGUGGGGGAUCGUAGCGGGCAGGUGGGAAGUGGGAUGGAGUCGUGUAGGGGUGGGAUAGGGUGGGUUUCACGCUUUUUUCCUACUGUGGUUUUGCGGAGUGCAGGUAGU